CUCAGCGGCGCCUCAACAUGUUUCAAAGAACUUGCUUCGCGUCGUCUGAAGGAGCCAAUCUAAACUUGUGGUGUUGAUUCUGUGGACGGUGAUCUCAAAUAUGCCGUCAGUGGAGCAUCUGAUAUCACUCACGCUUGACCUCCCUCCGAGCUGCAUAGAAUUCUGGCCUUUGCAUCCCCAGUAUGCCGUUGUAGGGACUUACAAUCUCGAAAAGCUAGUAGAAGAUCCUCCAACCGAGUCCGAACCACCUGAGGAAACAAGAGAGAAGAAAACUCAGCAGCGAAAUGGAAGCCUGAUACUACUCCAUGUACAAGAAAACAGUGUGAAAAUACUGCAAAGUUUAUCAACGCCUUCGGCAAUUCUGGACCUUCACUUCUCGCCAGCCUAUUUUCCUCCUUUUGUCUUCGGUGCAGCGACAUCAACCGGUUCGAUCGAAGUAUACGAGCUUACAGACCAGCAAGGGCAGGCUGUAUUUGGGACCCCUGGAUACGAGACUGUUAUUCCCAAGAUACGUCAUUUACAGACUUUACAACUCGCGUCAGAAGACACCAUUGUCACAGCAUUUUCAUGGCAUCGUAGUCUCUGCGCUGUCGGGAUAACGCUUUCUGAUGGAUCAGUAUGUCUAGAAGAUGCAAAUCUCGUGGACUCGUCUUCUGUGAUGAUGCGGCGGGGAGCAUCUGGAAUGCACGAUCUUGAAGCUUGGACGCUAGCCUUCCUACCAGAUGGAUCGGGUAUGUACACUGGAGGAGACGACAGCGCCCUCAAAAACACUGCAGUGGCAGAUGGUUAUUUCAUGAAGCAUCAGUGGACCGAUCGAAAGAUUCAUAGAGCUGGAGUUACUGCCAUUCUCCCCUUCCAUGCCAACGAGCGCAGAAGCCUUGUUCUCACAGGCAGCUAUGACGAUCAUAUACGACUCAUUUACGCAUCCGUAAAUGGUCGAAGAACCGUUCUUUCCGAACUCAAUCUUGAGGGAGGGGUCUGGCGGCUUAAGUUCCUGGGCAUGGAUCCUAACCCUUUUUUCCUGGAGAAGUUCCUAGAUAUGGAUUUUAACUCUUCUUUUCCCGAGAGCGGGGAAGUGUUUCUCCUUGCAAGUUGUAUGCAUGCUGGAGCCCGAAUCCUGAAAUUGAUUUGGAAUGGAGAAAAAGAUUGGCGCUUUGAAGUGGUCGCAAAAUUUGAAGAGCACAAGAGCAUGAACUAUGGAAGCGAUUGCCAGCCCUCGCUGAACACGAAGGGCCAGAGGACAUUCAUAAGUACCAGCUUCUAUGACCGACUGCUCUGCCUUUGGCGGUUUUGA